AUGUCCAAGUCUGUCCUCCGCCAGGCAACAAUCAAGCCGCACCGGUCCAGCGCCCGCGGGCACGCGGACCACGGCUGGCUCAACACAUACCACAGCUUCUCCUUUGCCAGCUGGUACAACCCGGACUUCAAUCAGUUUGGCAGCCUGCGGGUCCUCAAUGAGGACCGCGUCAAGGCCAACUCGGGCUUCCCGACGCACCCGCAUCGCGACUUUGAGAUCUUCAGCUACAUCUUGUCUGGCGAGCUGACGCACCGCGACUCCAUGCUCGCCAAGGGCAAGGAGGGCGGUCAGUCGGACAAGUUCUACCGCAUGCACCGCGGCGACGUGCAGUUCACGACGGGCGGCACGGGUGUCGCGCACUCAGAGUUCAACGAGCACAAGACGGACCCGGUGCACUUUUUGCAGAUCUGGGCUAUUCCCUGGAAGCGCGGCCUGGCGCCGCGGUAUCACACCAGGCACUUUGAGGAGGAGGACAAGAGGAAGGACUUCGUGACGAUCCUGAGCCCGCUCAAGGGCGGCGAGGACGCCACCACCCAGCAGGAGAAGGACGCCGAGCCGACCGUCCCGGGCUCGAUCCCCAUCCACGCCGACUUCGCCAUGGGGGCGGGGCUCAUCGCACCGAGCACCAGCUUCGAGUGGACGGUCGGCGCCAAGGCGACGCAGGCGCCCAAGCGCAAGGUCUACGUGCACCUGUGCAUGACGAAGAAUGGCAAGGCAAAGAUUCGCCUGGAUGGCCGCGAGGAUGCUGAGCUUGCCGAGGGUGACGGCGCCUUCAUCGAGGGGGUGAACCCCGGUGACAAGCUGGCGGUGGAAAGCAUUGGAGAGGCAGAGGCCGAGGUCAUCGUCUUGGACACGGCGUAA